AUGGACGCUCCAGACAAUUCCGUGGAAGGUGUUUCACGAGUUCUUGAACAGGUCAUGGGGCAAAUUGGUGUGGAUCUUGAGAAGUACGCUGAGAAACUGUCAGUCGCUGGUGGCAACAUAGGUUCUAAUCAACUCAUCGAGAGCCUACAAGUUAAAACGUUUCCCCGGGUGGAUUCUUUCAAGGGUCUUGGGUUCGUUCUGUUGAUUUUUGGCGGAGCUCACACUACAUGGAAAUUUACCAAAGCACUUCUGGCGCUUCAUUGGGGUAAUUUGGAAAAUGGCGAAGACUUGGGCGCAUGGAGAUCGUGGUUUGCCUUGGGAGGUGAUCACAAGAAACCGGUUGCAUCACAGGAUUUCAAUACCAUUAUGCGCUCAAUGCAUAUGAUCCAUAAAGCGAACCUGGGAGGUCAUGAGCACUAA